AUGAAGCGCGACACGAGUGACUUCCGUAUCCGGCGUCGAUCAGUCGCGACACCAGAAGAGCUUGAAGGCUUCCAGGAAGGCCGCUGUUGUACAGCGAAGAAGUUCAAACUGGACUUGAACGGCACGGCGGCCAACAAAUGGAACAAGUCCGCAACAGAGGUAUUUACUGACAGUUUCCUGGAAUGCAAGCAAUACCAGUGGAAGCAGAGGUCAAAGAUAUCGGCGGCGUUUAGGUCCCACUUGCGGGGGCUAAUCAAGAAGUACAGGGAGCAACUAUCGAGACCGACCCCGGAAGCCAUCCUUGCGACGAAACUGCAGCACAGUCGCCAGCAGCGGAAGCAGAACAAAUUCCAACGGCGACUCGCCUCUUGUCUGGAUUACGAUCAAUUGCGCCCUCAUCAACACCUCAUCAGAAUCCUUGGUCCCAAUGGUAUGAGCUCGGACGAGCCUGACAGCACUCCAGGACAGUUCCGCGUUCUGCGUAAGCCGUGGAGACAGUCACAACUCACUCGAUUCUUGAGCGUCUUUGAUGCUGCACACGAGAGGAGUAGGGCUCCGCCAGGCCAGCCGGUGACGCGCGGUGCCUUGCCCGGUCGUCGCGUAGCAUCUGACUCAAUCGACGGUCAACGACCGGCCGUCAAAAGGCUGCCGAUCAAUGCUUACGACCCUCAUUGGUAUGGCCAGCUCUCAAGCAUUGAGAAAGAAGAGCUGCGUGUCGACUCUAGGCCGUACAACUUCAGCAUCGAGUCCAACUUCUUGCGGUAA